CAUGAUAAUAAAACAUUGAUUGUAAGAGAAAUAGACGAAACUUUAGAAGUGCUUGACCUUUAUUCAAUUUUGACUCCUAUUAAUCUAAAAGCUACUGAAGCAAAAUUUAAUUUUUAUGCAGGAUAUUAUCUACAUCAAAAUAAAAAUAAUGAUAUAAGUUGGGUUCCUUUAUUACCCAGUUAUAUUAUAUAUACACUUUUUCAAAAAAAAUACUUUCAAUUUAAAAUUGCUAAAGAUAAAAAUAAUCAAAUAUAUUUUGAGAAGUAUAAUUUUGAUAAUAAUUUAACAUUUCAAAAAUUACAAGAUAGUUGGUCUGACUACACAUCUUAUUGA